ACCUCAGUCUCUCCCUCAGUCUGUGAGUCUCCCCGGCAGGACAGCGGAGCAGGUAAGCAACCUGGGCUUAGUAUGGGAAUGUGUUCUUGCUGCCAGAGCUUGCAAUCUAGAGCCUCCCCGGCAGGACAGCGGAGCAGGUAAGCAACCUGGGCUUAGUACGGGAAUGUGUUCUUGCUGCCAGAGCUUGCAAUCUAGAGCCUCCCCGGCAGGACAGCGGAGCAGGUAAGCAACCUGGGCUUAGUACGGGAAUGUGUUCUUGCUGCCAGAGCUUGCAAUCUAGAGUCUCCCCGGCAGGACAGCGGAGCAGGUAAGCAACCUGGGCUUAGUAUGGGAAUGUGUUCUUGCUGCCAGAGCUUGCAAUCUAGAGCCUCCCCGGCAGGACAGCGGAGCAGGAAGACGCUGCUAUUGGUGUAGACUUAUCCUAUCCUGGUAUUGGUUGGCAGGAUGAGCCGCCAACCUGCAAAGCUGGUGAGGGGGAUGCCCCUACUGGGACCCUUUGCAGCAAACUGGGAGAACGUAGAGAAGUUCCAGGCCAGACCAGACGAUCUGCUGAUCGCAACGUACCCCAAGUCUGGUACCACGUGGAUGAGUGAGAUUGUGGAUCAGAUUGUGGCUGUGAGCAACUCGGAGCGGUGCAAGACAGCGGCCAUAUACGAGCGGGUGCCCUUCCUCGAGUACGCGGUGCCCGACAUGCCCUCAGGCACACAGGCUCUGGACCAACGGGCUUCCCCUCGUCUCAUCAAGACCCACCUCCCGGUGGAGCUUCUGCCGAAGAGCUUCUGGGACAAUAAAGUCAAGGUGAUCUAUGUUGCUCGGAACGCCAAGGACGUGGCGGUGUCCUAUUACCAUUUCUACCGGAUGGCGAUUGUACACCCGGAACCAGGAACGUGGGACGAGUUCUUGGACUCCUACAUUAACGGCAAAGUGUGUUUUGGGUCAUGGAGCGCUCAUGUGAAAGGCUGGUGGCAGAAAGCGAAGGAGUGGGACGUCUUGUAUCUGUUCUACGAGGACAUGCUAGAGGACCCGACACGCGAGAUCAGGAAGGUGGUCAAGUUCAUGGGGAAGGACCUCCCAGAGGAGACGGUAGAGAAGAUCGCAAGUCAAACCUCCUUCAAGGCCAUGAAGCAAAACGAAUUGUCCAACUAUUCUAUGGUCCCAAGCUCCGUAAUGGACCAUUCCAUCUCCCCCUUCAUGAGGAAAGGUGUGUGCGGCGAUUGGAAGAACCAGUUCACGGUGGCACAAAAUGAGAAGUUUGAUGAAUAUUAUCAGAGGGAGAUGUCCGAUGGUGCUUUAUCCUUCCGCUCUUGAGCCACCCAUCAGCUCCAUCUGCAUCAGCUUCAUAUACAUCAGCUCCAUCUGCAUCAGCUCCAUCUACAUCAGCUCCAUCUUCAUCAGCUUCAUCUACAUCAGCUCCACCUGCAACAGCUCCAUCUUCAUCAGCUCCAUCUGCAUCAGAUCCAUCUAGAUCAGAUCCAUCUAGAUCAGCUCCAAAUUCAUCAGCUCCAUCUAUAUCAGCUCCAUCUUCAUCAUCUUCAUCUACAUCAUCUCCAUCUUCAUCAGCUUCAUCUACAUCAGCUCCAUCUAUAUCAGCUCCAUCUUCAUCAGCUCCAUCUUCAUCAGCUUCAUCUACAUCAGCUCCAUCUACACCAGCUCUGGCUUUCCCAUGAUGCCUCAUGGUUUCCCACUCAUGUCUCAGUGGCUUUGCCACCAUUGUAUCCCCUGUAUAGAACAUUUGGCAUGGGGGGGAAGGACUUCUGGUUUCUGCUGUAAGUCUAUGGCUAUGGGCACAUCAGGCUAAUCCUAGGCUUGGUACCAGGUGUUGGCACACGGAGCGGAUUUGGGCACCAAACUGUAAGAGUUGUGUUGCAAUCCGGUAGGUGGAAUGAGCCUGCUGUGCCCGUAGCCUAAAGCGAUCUGUUGUGUUACAAUGUCUGUGUUUUGCUUCCGGAAUAAAGAUCAUGGAAUUAUC